GAAAUAUGGCGGCUGUCAUGGAAUUAGCUCCAAUCUCAGUCCCAUUUUAACCACAAGAACGUCACAUAUUGCAGAGUUUCUGGUUUUCCACUAUAGAUGGACAUUGGCAGAGUGUGUUGAUAACACUUCUAAAUAUAUUCGGUCUGUAUCUUGUUCAGAGAAAUCAACGAACGGUUGUUUUCGGCGAAAAGGUGUGGGGUUUACGGUGUUGUAUUCGGAUGCAGCCCUUGAGUAGCGUGUUUCUUUACACGUCGGUGUACCAAAUGAGAUAUGGAUAAGGUUGGCCGGGAGAAAAAUUCAGCUCCAGGUGUGGAAGAAGAUGAAGUCAACAGCGAACAGCAAACAUCAGAAGGAAGUGGCGCUUCCAGUAAUGAAAGCAGCUCUGGAUCCAACUCUAGUUCGGAUUCAGAUUCGCAGUCUGGAUCUGAAAGUGGUUCUGAAUCAGGAAGUCAGAAUGGGAAUGAAGACCAAAGCAAUUCACAGUCAGAAUCUGCAAAUUCUGAAUCACAAAGUUCAGAAUCGGCAUCUGAGAAUGAAGAUUCAGGACAUGAUUAUUGCAUAAACACAACAAAUGACAACAAAACCAACUCCAUUCCAUCUUGUAAAAUUACACUCAGUAAAAAGGAAAGACUAAAAGACCUGAAAGAGAUGUGGGAAGAGUUUCCAGACGUUUAUGGCGUGCGAAGAUCAAGCAGAUCCCGAAAAGAGGUUGAACGUUUUCAGGCUUCUAGUGAUGAAGAUGACAGUGAUUAUAGUGAUAGUCCUAAAAAGGGGAGAGGAAAUAAUGCUGGAGAGAGGAACAAACGAAGGCGAAGUGGAGAAUGGAGGACUGGACGUCUCAGUGAUGACACCAGUGGUGAAAGCAGUGAAUCAGACUUUCAGCCAUCUACAAGGGCUAGACCAAAACCCAAGUCAAGGCAAGUUUCGAGAUCUCAAGCACGGGUAAAAGGAAAAUCAAUGCCUAAGAGGAGAUCAGCGAGCCGGAGAAAGAAAGCCUCCUCCUCUGAAGAUGACGAUGAUGACAGUGAAAAUGAAAGAAAGCGAUUUAUGCAAAGGAGAGCAGCUUCAAAAGUAUGUUAUAAGGAAGACAGUGAUGAUGUCACUGACUCUGAUGAUAUCAUUGAGACAAAUCAAGUAGAAGAAGACGAUAAUAAAGAGACGAUAGAGAAAGUGUUCAAUCACCGAAGAGGAAAGAAAGGACAGACUGGAUCUAAGACCACUGUGUAUAACAUUGAAGCAACCAAAGACGAUGCAGGUACUCAGCCAACUCAGGGAAACACAGAAGAAAAUGAUGAAACAGAAAUUCAAUACCUUAUCAAAUGGAAAAACUGGGCACAUAUUCAUAAUACCUGGGAAACUGAGGAAAGUCUUCGAACGCAGGCUGUCAAAGGGCUGAAGAAACUUGACAAUUAUAAACAGCGAGAAGAGGAGCUUGGGCUGUGGAAGACUAUGACAACACCCGAAGAUGUAGAAUACUAUGAAUGCCAGCAAGAAAUGGCAUUACAACUUUAUGGGCAGUACCAGGAAGUUGAGAGAAUUAUCGCCCACACUAAUCAGAAAACAGCAGAGGUCAAUUCAGGACAACCUGACUUCUUGUGUAAAUGGAAAGGUCUGCCCUAUUGCGAGUGUACAUGGGAAGAUGGGGAACUGGUAUCAAGAAAUUCGCAAACUGCAAUUGACAAUUAUUUUAUACGAUUGCGGUCUUCAAAAGUGCCAUCUAAAAUAAGCAAGGUGCUUAAACAGAAGCAACGCUUUGUAGCUCUCAAGUCUCAACCAUCUUUUCUUGGUGGUGCAGAUAAAAUGGAGCUGAGGGAUUACCAGCUGGAUGGCCUGAACUGGCUACUUCAUUCAUGGUGCAAAGAGAAUGGUGUGAUUUUAGCCGAUGAGAUGGGUCUUGGUAAAACAAUUCAAGCGAUAGCAUUUUUAUCGUACCUGUUUAAUACCUAUCAACUGUAUGGUCCUUUUCUAUUGGUGGUUCCACUCUCAACAAUGACAGCGUGGCAACGAGAGUUUGAAAUUUGGGCACCUGAUCUUAAUGUUGUAGUUUAUAUCGGUGAUCUGGUUAGUCGAAAUAAGAUUCGUGAAUAUGAAUGGUGCUUUGCUGGUAAUAGAAGUAGACUUAGAUUCAAUGCACUCAUUACAACUUAUGAAAUUCUUCUCAAAGACAAGUCAUUCCUCAACAGUGUGAAUUGGUCCAAUCUCAUAGUGGAUGAAGCCCAUCGAUUAAAAAAUGAUGACUCGCUGCUUUAUAAAACUCUAAUGGACUUCCACACACAUCACAGGUUGCUUAUCACUGGCACACCUUUGCAGAACUCUUUGAAAGAACUCUGGUCCCUACUUCAUUUCAUUAUGCCGGUAAAGUUUGAUUCGUGGGAACAAUUUGAAAAAGAGCACAUGGCUGAUCAGAAUGGUUAUACAAGUUUACACAAGGUGUUAGAACCAUUCUUGUUGAGGAGAGUUAAAAAGGAUGUUGAGAAAUCAUUGCCAGCUAAAGUAGAACAGAUCUUACGGGUAGAAAUGUCGGCCAAACAGAAGCAAUAUUACAAAUGGAUUCUUACGAAAAAUUAUAAAGCGUUGAGUAAAGGUCUAAAGGGAAACUUAAGUGGUUUUCUAAAUAUUAUGAUGGAAUUGAAGAAAUUAUGUAAUCAUCCUUAUCUUAUACGUCCAGAAGACAACGGUAUAACCGAUCUCGAGAACCUAAUUAGAACCAGUGGUAAAGUACAUUUAUUAGAUAAACUACUAACCAGGCUACACGAGACGGGACACAGGGUGCUGAUCUUUUCCCAGAUGGUUAGGAUGUUAGAUAUAUUAGCUGAUUAUCUUUCUAUGAAACAUUGGCCAUUCCAGAGGUUAGAUGGGUCUAUUUCUAGUGAAGUCAGAAAACAAGCAUUGGACCACUUCAAUGCAGAGGGGUCGAUGGAUUUUUGUUUCUUGCUAUCAACAAGAGCCGGGGGUCUUGGUAUAAAUCUAGCUACAGCAGAUACAGUUAUUAUCUUUGAUUCCGACUGGAAUCCACAGAAUGACCUCCAAGCACAAGCGAGGGCACACAGAAUAGGUCAAAGGAAUCAGAUUGGUCCAAAGGGAAAAAGAGGAAGAAAGCCAAAGGAACCUAAAGAUACCAAACCUGUCAAUGCUUCAAAACCUCCCAAAGGUAGAAAAAACAAGAAAGCAGAAAAAGAGAAUAAAACUGAUGAAAUUAAAGAAGAAAAUGAAAACUCCUUGGAGGCGGGUGAAAUAGUAGAAACGCACAAAGAACCAGAAACUAAGAAAAAGAAAAAGAAGGGUAAAGAUUCCAAAAAGUCUAAAGAUAAAGCAAGCAAGAAAGAAUCUAAAAAUGAAAAGUCAAAGUUAAAAGAGGAAAGUAAAUCUGCCAAGAAGGUUGUUGAUAGCACAAUACCAUUACAUAUCACUGCUAACACUAACCCCGUACCUGUUGAUGCCGUUGAUGUGAUGGGUGAUCUUGAUGAAAACGUCUUUGCAAUGUGCAAAGAGAAGAUGAGGCCUGUGAAGAAAGCUUUGAAACAGCUGGACAACCCUCCAGCUGAAGUAUCUGAAAAAGAACAACUAAACCAUACCAGACAGUGCCUGUUGAAGAUAGGAGACAGAAUCAUGGACUGUAUAGAUGACUUCAAGGAUAAUCCUACAAAGAUGAGGGAGUGGAAAAGUUACCUGUGGACGUUCGUCUCAAAGUUCACGGAGUUUGAUGCUAGGAAGCUUUACAGGCUUUAUAAACAUGCAGUGAAGAAAAGGGAGGAAGAACGGGGAGAGGAACAUACAAGCCACUCACAGUCCAGUAUAUCAAGUAAAAAGAGGUUUAGUGAUGGGCAUGAUUCAAAGAUAAGGAAAGACCGGUCAUCAACAGGAUUGCAUGGAAAUAAACGACCAUUCAGUAAUCUUGAUUUACAUAGCGAUGACAGCAGAGGAAGCAUUACAAAUGGUCCAAGAGUUAGUACUAGCACAGCUGCAACCACUGGAAGUGGUUCUCCAUACGGGCAUUUCAACCAGUCCCGAAAUACCCAAUCCUGGUCACAUGAUACCUAUACUACAACGAAUCGAGACUUUUUCAGGGAAAGACACCUCAAUGAUACGACCACUGCAUUUAGUCGACAUCUACACGAUCCGUUGCGACCCUCAUCACAUGGCGUCAGUAGUAGCUAUCACUCGCCAGGUAGUAGCAGAGACAACCACGAUAACUAUCAUUAUCAACAUAGUUCUUCCUCUUCAGCUUCAAGAUUCAAUAAUGACCAUCCAAGGGAUCGACCUUCAGCAUCUUCUAGUAGUAGCAGCAGACAGUAUUCCCAUGGCAACAGAGAUGAACAUCGUCAUCAUUAUAGUAAUGAUAAACAAGAACAUGUGUCUUACAGUCAGCAUCAGUCUGGCAGCCGUGACGACCGCUUCCAUCAUUCUCAUUCAAAUAACAAAAGGAGGAAAGCAGAUGAUUACAGAGAUCGUGACCGUGACAGAGAUAGGGAGCAAAGGACAGACUCUCGACUCAGUAGUGCCAACAGUAGAAAGUCUGAACAUAGACACUGAUAUGAUAUAUAGCAAAAUAUAGCAAAAUGAAAUUGAUUCAUUUACAUAAAUGAAAUGUUUUCCUCAUCGACAGUGCAGCGAAGCGAUGUUGCAACAGUAGUACCACCAGUGUGCGUGUGUGGUAACAAGGACAUUUGUGGUGGACAUUGUUGGAUGUAAAAGCUUCAAUGCCAAGGAAGUUAUUUUCAUCCUUAAUUCAAAACAAACAAAAACUUACUCUUUCAGCAAAGUGAAAAAUGUGUUCAAUUUAGAACAAACUGGUUAUAUUACAAAAUGAUUUGUCUUCAACAUUUAAUAAAUUUUCUAACAAAUUGCUUUGUUGGGUUAAUGCAGUACACAAUAAGGUCAAGUGAAGCAAGACCAGGGCUUGUGUCUAGUAAAAUAUGGAAUUGUAACAAAUUAUUAAAAACUAUCUUGCAACUCUGACAUCACCCCCCCCCCAAAAAAAAACAAAUACUAGCAAGCUCACUAAAUUUAAGAUGUUUUUUUCAAAUC